UUGGCCGUUGCUAGGGUAACUUAUUUAUAUUAUUUCAUUUUACUUAAAUUCAUUUUUAGCAAACAUUAAUUUCAUCAUGGACUUGAUCAAAGAGAUAAAUGAAAAAUACUCAGCACUAGAAGAAGAAAUUGACAACAAAUUGGAAAGAGUACAGACUGAAGAGCAAAAAUUGGAAAAUGAAAAGGAAAAACUGGCAGAUAAAGCCAAGAUAAAUAUGCCAGCAACAAAAGUAUUAUCCUACGAAGAGGCUCUAUUACGGAAUACAAAUACUCUAAAGUCUCUGGAAAUAGCCAAGGCUCGCUUGAGAUCUCGCACCACUUACUCGCCAGUGGAAAAGCUGCUUCAACAGGCAAUGGAUAACUACAAAAAGGAACUUGAGGGUAUUCAGAAAAAGCAUGAAGGAAAACCAGAUAAACUGCCAGCAAACUUGGACGUGGACGACGAAGACGAUAAUCUCUAUGAAUUGGUCAUGCAAAAUGUCAUUGAGAAGCAGCAUCAGCAACAGCAUAAUCAUCAUCAUCAUCAACAACAGCCGACUUGACACUUUGUUUAACUGACAGAGUUUUUUUUGUGGCUGUCUAUCGACCUAUCUGUCUUUGUGUGUUUUAUAUGGAAUAGCUUCACUUUUUGUUUGUUUCCGAGGUGCAAGCUGAAUAAAUAAAAAGUUUCUUUCCGAAAAAUGUCAACAGAAAUUGAAAAGAAUAAAUGACGAAAAAGACACAAUUUACACAGGGGUGGCUUUUGAGUUGGGGGGGA